AUGGCUUGUCGUUGCGAUAGUAAUACUGCUCAGUACGAGAGGAACCGCAGUUUCGGACAUUUGGUUCAUGCACUCGGCCGAGCGGCCGGUGGUGCGAAGCUACCAUCCGCGGGAUUAUGCCUGAACGCCUCUAAGGCCGAAGCCAGCCUAGCCGAAUCCGGCAAGGAUAUGCUCACUGUGGAGCCCCGAGAGUCGGAGGCUCUAAACAAUGUGACUUUACUAGUCGCGCUUCACCACGUGAGGUGCGACGUCGAAGCCCAUUUGGAUCGCGGAGAUCGAUGCUGUCCGUUUAACGCGUGCAUCACGGCUCCGAAGGUCCGAAUUUACCUCAGUUCGAUGUCGGGGCUCGGAAUAGUCUGUAGACGACUUCCGUUCCUGGCGGGGUGUUGUGCUCGGUAG